CAGAGUUUAGAAUUAAAUAUGGAACGAAGCUGAGUGAAAACUUUUGAGCAGAGAAGCCUUUCCGAUCCAUCCUCUGUGGACAGGUAUGGCAGAAAAAGAUGAGGACUUGACAAUGCCAAGGGAUGCAAAGAUUGUCAAGUGUUUGAUGAAAUCAAUGGGAGUGGAGGACUAUGAACCUCAUGUUGUACACAAGUUUCUAGAGUUAUGGUAUCGUUAUGUUGUUGAUGUAUUGACGGAUGCCCAAGUGUAUUCAGAGCAUGCAGGCAGGACUGAGAUUGACUGUGAUGAUGUUAAGCUUGCUAUUCAAUCGAAGCUUAACUUCAGUUUCUCGCAACCACCCCCUCGUGAGGUGCUUCUGGAGUUGGCUCAUAACCGCAACAAAAUACCAUUGCCAAAGAGUAUAGCAGGACUUGGUAUCCCGCUUCCACCUGACCAGGAUACAUUAAUCAGUCCCAACUAUAUGUUUGCAAUUCCAAACAAAAUGCCUUCUGAACCUAUGGAAGAAACAGAGGAUGAAGAGGCUACUAUUCCCAACACCUCUCAAGAAGAGAAGAUAGACAUGCAGCUGGAUCCCUCUCAAACUGAUCAAAGAGUAUCGUUUCCGCUACCUAAAUGCCAAAAGGAUUGAUUUUUUGAAGUCCCAGCUUCCACUAAUGCUUAAAUCUUGUCUAGCUCACAUGUAAUUUUUUUACUGCAAAAUUCUAUAAAUAUUGGUAGUUUAUUCGAUUUGUUGUGUAAAGUCCACCGGGUUCUAACAUUGAAAUAAAAUGGUUUCCAAAGGGCUGGUUAAUGUCUGAAGUCCUCGUGUACAGAAUGUGCACCUCAACUCUAUUGUUGGUUUGGAGCCAUGCAUAUUCUGAAAUUAAAUUCAUUUUUGAGUAUUUCUAACGAGAUGAAUUGUUUUUA